CAGAACUAAGGACACCGUUUUCGAAGAAAGAUAAGAAAAGCUAUUCCUGAGGAAAGGCAUGUCUUAAUGUAUUUCAUACCUGUGUCGGACGUCGGGCUUCGUUCUCGUGCAAGCCCGAGCCAGGUGAAGCAUGCUGGAAGAAUGCAGCCAUUAAACAGAAGAGACGCCGGCGUCUGGCAUCAAACGAAGAGCCUGCUCUACAAGAAUCUGCUCAUCAAAUGGAGGACCAAGCAACAGAGUCUGCAGGAGCUGAUCCUGCCCUUGCUCCUCCUUGGACUCCUCAUCCUCAUCAGUGCCCUGAACCCUCACUAUUCCUAUGGCAGUAUCAGCACCACUGAACUGAAGUAUGACAACAACCUACGGCCCAAAGGUCUGGGCUACACCCCCAUCAACAACGUGACCAAUCACAUCAUGGAGGAUGUGGCUCGGGAGCUGCACAUGCAAGACCGGCUGGAGAUGUUUUCGAGUGAGGAGGAUCUGGAGAACGCCAGCCUGUAUGAGACCCAAGACUACGUGGGUGUGGUCUUUCGAGGCAACACAUCAUACCAGCUCCGUUUCCCCUAUAAUCAGCUGCCCCUGCCCAGCGACUACACUGAGUCUAUAGCUAAUUGUCAUAAUAACAACAUAAACUGCCGAGCAGCCAACUACUGGUAUUCCGGUUUCGUCCGUCUGCAGUCUGUGAUCGAUGCGGCCAUCAUUCAGAUGCAGACUAAACGGUCGGUGUGGGGGGAGAUGAAUUUUGGCGUGGUCAUGAUGGGGCACCCUGGUUCUGUGGAGGUCCCCAAGUUCCCUCAUGCUCUUAUCUCCAUCUACCUGGUCCUGGCCUUCACGCCCUUCGUCUCCUUCCUCAUUGUCAAUGUGGCAGCGGAGAAGGAGCGACGCCUGAAAGACACCAUGACCAUGAUGGGAUUGUAUGACUCAGCGUUUUGGCUGUCAUGGGGACUACUCUAUGCUGCUCUGGUGACCAGUAUGUCCAUUCUGAUGGCAGUCAUUGCCACCUGCACUCCUCUCUUCUCCAACAGCAGUUUUCUGGUCAUCUUCCUCCUCAUAUUCCUCUAUGGAAUAUCCUCAAUCUUCUUCUCCUUCAUGUUGACUCCUCUGUUUAAGAAGCCUAAGUUUGCGAGCACGGUGGGCUCUUUGCUGACCGUGGUCUUCGGCUGUCUGUCACUGUUUACCAUCCUCAUGCGGGAUUUCCCUCAGUCUGCCGUCUGGGUCCUCAGUCUGCUCUCCCCUAGUGCUUUCUCCAUCGGCAUUGCCCAGGUGGUGUACCUGGAGGCCCAGGGAGAUGGGGCUUUGUUCUCUACUCUGGCCAACGGCCCCCAUGCUCUCUAUGUGCCCAUGCUAAUGCUCCUAUUGGACUGUGUCCUCUACCUACUCUUAGCCAUAUACUUGGACCAGGUGCUGCCAGGCGAGUUUGGCAUGCGACGCUCUGCCUUCUACUUCCUGAAGCCAUCCUAUUGGUCGAAGCGCAGGAAGCGCUAUGUGGAAGUGAGCUCGGUGUACGAGGGGGAGGUGAAUGGGAUUACCGCCGCGGAGGAAUCUGUGGAGCCAGUUUCACCUGAGUUCAGAGGCAAAGAAGCCAUCAGGAUCAGUAACAUUUGCAAGAUCUAUCGAGAGAGGGAUACCACAGUGGAAGCUCUUCGAGGCCUGACCUUUGACAUUUACGAGGGUCAGAUUACAGCACUGCUGGGUCACAGCGGAGCAGGCAAAUCCACUCUGAUGAAUAUUCUGUGUGGUAUCUGCCCCCCCACUGAAGGUGCAGUCACCAUCUACGGGUCUCCGGUGUCAGACAUUGCAGAGGGAGCGGAGAUGAAACAGCUGGUGGGGAUUUGUCCUCAGUUUAACAUCAUCUUUGACGUGCUGACCAUAGAGGAACAUCUCCGCAUUUUCGCCGCCAUCAAAGGCAUUCUUCCCGCAGACAUCGACACUGAGGUGAGGAAGGUGCUUAAAGAUCUGGACUUAGAGAAGAUAAUGGAUGCCCAGGCGAAGAACCUCAGUGGGGGUCAGAAGAGGAAGCUGUCAGUGGGCAUUGCCAUUCUAGGAGAUCCCAAGAUCCUUCUCCUGGAUGAGCCGACGGCGGGGAUGGACCUUGUGUCCCGUCACCAGGUGUGGUCCAUGUUAAAGAGCCGUAGAACAGGCCGAGUCACUGUCCUUAGUACACAUUACAUGGACGAGGCUGACAUACUGGCAGACCGUAAAGCAGUGAUUUCUCAGGGCCAGCUGAAAUGUGUUGGCUCCUCUCUCUAUCUGAAAAUCAAGUGUGGAGUGGGCUACCACCUAAGAAUGUCUGUGACUGAGGGCUGUGAGGUGGACGGCAUCACGUCAUUGGUCAAACAGCAUGUUCUAAAGGCAACGUUGUCACGGCAGCAGGAGGCGGAGCUUACCUUCACUUUGCCUUUUGAAAGCAUGGACACAUUCCCAGGGCUUUUUGCUGAGCUGGACUGCCGUCCUGAUCUGGGCAUCAUUAAUUACGGAGUCUCCAUGACAACGCUGGAGGAUGUUUUCUUGCGUUUGGAAGCAGAGGCUGAGGUCGACCAGACAGACUACAGCGUGUUUAACCAGGAGCAGGCGACAGACGAGGGAGACAGCGUGUCUCUGGAUGACACUGACCAAAGACUCCUGACCUUCUCAGACAGCCGCUCAGACACUGUGACAGGCCACGCCCUCUGGAGACAGCAGUUUAGCACUGUGGCCUGGCUGCACAUGUUGAACCUGCAGAGAGAGAGGAAACCCAUCAUUUACAAUCUUUCUCUCUUCCUGGUCUUUUUAUGUGCGGUGUUGGUCCUGUCUUUGGCCACGGGGAACAUCCAGAUCCACUCCCCUGACAGACAGUUUUUGCCCAUUUACCUCCUGCACCGCAACGAGGCCCCGCGCAAGUACGCCACCAGUUUGCUCGUGCAGAACUCCACAGACUCGGACAUCUCGGCGUUCAUUCAUAACCUGGAGACACAGGACAUUAAAGUAGAGAUGAUGAAGGAGACAGACUACAUGGCUGCCGCCCCUCACAGCGCAGCCAUCAACGUCACAGGCUCCAGUAAGGACUAUCGGUAUAGUGUGGCCUUUAACAGUACAACCGUCCACUCUCUGCCCAUGGUCGUGAACGUCCUUAGCAAUGCCAUCCUCAGAGGACUCAAUGGGACGGGACACAUCAACACCUGGACCAAACCCUUUGACUUUCAACUAUCAGACUCCACGUCCUUUGCCAUGGUCUACAUUGAGGCCAUUAUCCUGGGCAUGUUGGCCGCUGGCAUGCCAGCUUACUUUGGCAUGGACCACACCCGUGACAGAGAGCUGAAAUGUCGCUCGACUCUGCGGAUUUCUGGCCUGGUGCCGUCGGCGUACUGGUGUGGUCAGGCGGCCGUGGACAUUCCAUUUUACUACCUGAUCCUCAUCUGCAUGACAUGCACCCUGUUUGCCUUCCACUCCACCAACCUGCUCACAGGCAACAACGUCACCGCUGUGCUUUUGUGUCUCGUUGGCUUCUGUCCUGCUAUGGUUCUCUUCACUUACUGUGUGUCCUUCCUCUUCACCCGGGUUCAGAGUAACCGAGAUUUCUUCUCUGUGGUGUCUAUGAUGGUGUGUGUGGUCUCUGCCUCCACGGUCCAGUUUGUGAAUGAAAACUCAGGGCUCACACGACUUCUCCAUAACACGCUGUGUUUCUUCAACCCUCUGUACCCACUCAUGGGCUGUCUCAACUGCAUCACUAAGGCCACAUUCAUGCCACCCCUGUAUGAGGAAAACGUGCUGUGGAAGAACUUACUCAUCUCUGUUAUCACACCCUACCUCCAGUGCAUUCUCCUGCUGUUCAUUUUGCGGUGGUUAGAGAUCCGCUAUGGAGGCAAAACCAUGAAGGACGACCAGCUGUGCAGGAUCUCCUCCAAACCGAGGAGCAAAGUACAGAGGAACCCAGAGGAGAACUGUAAUGAGGAUGAGGACGUGCAGGUGGAGAAGGCCCGUGUGAGGGAGGCGCUCAACUGUCAGAGCUGUGAGGAGAAACCUGUGGUGGUAGUGAGUAAUCUGAGGAAACAAUAUUCAGGGCGCAGAGAAGGACUGUCUCUAAACAAGAAGAGUAAAGUGGCCACAAAGAACAUCUCCUUUUGUGUCCGCAAAGGUGAGGUUCUGGGUCUGCUGGGUCCAAACGGAGCUGGGAAGAGCACAGUCAUGCACAUGUUAGCAGGAGAUAUAGAGCCUACAGCAGGACAAAUCCUGAUGGGAGACUAUGGAACAGACUUCACUCCAGUGGAUAACCCUCCGGAGCAUGUGGGUUACUGUCCACAGGUUAACCCCCUCUGGCCCCGAAUCACACUGCAGGAGCACCUUCUUAUCUACGCCGCUAUCAAGGGGCUGCACAGCCAAGACACGCCCAGCAUCAUCAAACGGGUGGUAAAUGCUCUUGAGCUGAAGGAACAUCUCCAUAAGCAGGUGAAGAACCUUUCUGCAGGGCUGAAGAGGAAGUUGUGCUUUGCCAUAAGCAUGCUGGGAAAUCCUCAGAUUGUGCUGCUGGAUGAGCCGUCCACGGGGAUGGAUCCCAAAUCUAAACAGAGGAUGUGGCGGGCCAUCCGUGCUGCCUUUAAGAACAGGCAGAGAGGGGCCAUCCUGACCACACAUUACAUGGAAGAGGCAGAGGCUGUAUGUGACCGCGUGGCCAUCGUGGUCUCCGGACGACUCAGGUGUAUCGGCUCUAUCCAGCACCUGAAGGGCAAGUAUGGGCGUGGAUACAGCCUGGAGAUAAAACUGCGAGAGGAGCUGACAGGGUUACAGCAGGUUGCUCUGCUGCACAAAGAGAUCCUCCGAAUCUUCCCUCAUGCUGCUCGCCAGGAAAGCUUUGCAACUCUGAUGGUGUAUAAGAUCCCUAUGGAAGAUGUCAAAUCACUGGCCAAGUCUUUCACCCAGCUUGAGACUGCUAAACAAAACUUCAACUUUGAAGAAUACAACUUCUCACAGUCUACACUGGAGCAGGUCUUCAUGGAGUUGGCAAAGGAGCAGGAGAACGAAGAGGAUGACGUCGGCUCUCUCAGCACCACCUUCCAAUGGACACGCCUACAACAGGAUGGCCCUGUUGCUGUCAGUCAAACUGACAGCAUUGUGCACCAGCUCUGAUUCCAUCCUGUUAUGGGCUAUCCUAGUCCCACCCCCUCAUACGUUCCCUCA